UUUGGACUGGUCUGUCGAGAGUCUGUGAUUGGCCGGCCGGGCCGGCGUGCUGAGUGUUCUGUGCUGGCUGCUCUGCGCUCUGCUCCACGUGCGUCAAAGCGGUUUGUUACACUAACCGCGUGGUGAGAGAUGUGCUGGUGUAAUAUUGAGGUUAGUUACGAAGUAAAUGCUUAACAGUGUGUAAUUGAGUGAUGCGAUGAUGUCGCGUCCAAAGACAGAUACUUCUGAUAAAUUUUACAAUCUUCGAGAAGGAUUGGAAACUUUGUGUAAGAGAGAUGGUACUGCCAGAGAUCAUUUGGCUCGUUACCUAGAAUUCGAGGACUUCAGUGGAUCUAAUAGAAAAUUCUUGUUACGAGAUCUUUCUGAUUUACUGUGGCAACGUGAAUUUACUGAAAAUGUUGCUUUGUGUUUCCCAAAUAUACUACUGGAGCUUCUUAUUCGUGCAGAGCAACGCAAUAAGGGAGAAGUAUUUCAUAGAUAUAUGUGCAUUGCCUUGGGAAAGCUUGUUAGAGUCCACCCAGAUGCUGUCAGAUUUGCUUUGCAAUAUUUUGAGAAACAUCCCUCUCCAUUUGCUACUGGACAGGAUGUGAAGACUCCCCCCAAGAAAAGAAAAUUUAAUGAUGAUCAUCAGAAAGAUGAUCUCGAUGUUGUUGUAGCAUGUUACAAUUUUCUUAUGAUAUCAUGUGAACAUUUUAGGGAAAUCUGGGAUUGGUCUCAGUUCAUGGAAUUAUAUUUUGGACAUUCAGAUGAUCUUAUUUCAUGGAUUGCAUGUCAUUGUAUUGCUUGGGUAACAGGCAUGAAUGACUAUGUGAGACAACAUGUUCUAGAACAGUUUAUGAUUCCUGAAGCAAUAAGAUCUUGCUCCUUGAAGUUUGAUAAUCUUCAAGCUGCUGUUCAUUUCAAGUUGGUUGGCGAACCUUCUUCUUCAAAUGCAUAUGAUGUUCAACGAAUGUAUAAAUGUCCUUAUUUUGUGACUGUGGCAGGAAUUCAAUUGAAAACUUGUGGCAGUCCAGGUGAGCUUUCCAUUGUUCCUGUUUCUUCUACAAUGUCCAACCUCCAUAGUCUGGCAUUGGGAGUGGCAUCCAAUAAAGCCGUUUGUUUACAAGGACCAGUAGGAAGUGGUAAAACUGCAUUAGUUGAGCAGUUGGCACACAUGACAGGACGUGCCUUGCCAACAGAACAACAGCCUCCCCAUUUUAUAAAAGUGCAACUUGGGGAUGAAAUUGACAGCAAGAUGUUACUCGGAACGUAUCGUUGUACAGAUAUUCCUGGUGAAUUUGUUUGGCAGCCUGGAGUUUUAACACAAGCUGCCAUUAAUGGGUAUUGGAUACUUCUGGAAGAUUUUGAUACAGCGGUCAUGGAUGUGGCGUCUGUUGUAGCUUCUUUAUUGGAAACGGGGACAUUGUCAGUUCCUGGCUAUAAAGAUACUCUUAAAGUUGCUCCAGGAUUUCAGCUUUUUGUUACGCAACGGACUCUUUCUUCAGUCACUGGUUUUCACAAGCCUAUUUCAAACUCGUCAAGUCUUCUAGAGAAACAUUGGUUUCAGAUAAAUGUGGAGCCAUUAUCAAAAUUGGAGUUAAUUGAAGUUGUUCAGACGAUGUUUCCUGUUUUGGAGACUGUUGCUUCUCGGAUGGUAAAAGUUUUCCUACUAUUUUCAUCGGGAAGUCACCAGUCUGCUCUUAAUGCUACUGAAGACAUUGCCAUUGAUGACCUUGGUGGCCUGUCCAUAGAAAAUCAGACACACGUUACAGAGGCUAGUGGACGAUUAAUUUCAACCAGGGAUUUGAUAAAAUGGUGUCAGCGAGCUAUUGAAGGAUUUGAUGUACGUAAAGCUGAUUCCGCUUUGAAAGUCUUACAGGAUGGCAUUGAUAUUUUUUGCUGUAGUGUUGCUAAUGCAGGUUCAAGACUGAAACUUGCUAUAUCUAUAGCAAGUUGCCUUGGUGUAAUCAAGACAAAAGCAGAGUUCUUUUGUCAGACCUAUAAACCCAGCAUUAAUGCAAUGCCCAACAAGUUUAUUGCUGGAAGAGCAUUUAUUGCAAAACAAGAAGCAAGUCUCUGGAGUUUUGCCACGACGAACAAAUCAAGUUUUGCAUUUACACGCCCUGCUGCAUGUUUAUUGGAGCGGGUAUUGUGUUGUGUAUCAUACAAAGAGCCUGUUCUUCUAGUUGGUGAAACAGGUACAGGCAAGACAAGUGUAGUUCAGUUUUUGGCUGAACGAACUAACAACCAUCUUCUGGUCAUAAAUAUGAAUCAACAGAGUGACAGCUCCGAUCUGUUGGGCGGAUACAAACCUGUUGACUUAAAAUUCAUUGUCUCUCCAGUCAGAGAAGAAUUUGAAGAGCUUUUCAAAAGUUACUUUUCUGUAGAGAGUAAUGUUAAAUUCUUGGAGAAUAUUGCUAAAUGCUUCAUCAAACGAAAGUGGAGCCUCUUAGUCAGACUUAUGAAACAGAGUUAUCAGGCCGCUCUUGCUCGACUGGAAAAUAAUGCUUCAGAAGAACUCCGCUAUAAGAAGUGGACAGCUCUUGGUGAACGUUUGCUGAAAUUGGAAUCCCAGAUAAAUGCACAGAGUGCAUUGGCAUUUAAAUUUAUAGAAGGCAGCCUUGUAAAAGCUCUCCAAAAAGGUUACUGGGUUCUGUUGGAUGAAAUUAAUUUGGCAUCGGCUGAAACUCUUCAGUGUCUGUCAGGCUUACUUGAAGGAUCUUCAGCUUCUUUAUAUUUGUUGGAAAGAGGUGACAGGGAACCUGUUAAACGACAUAGUAAUUUUCAUUUAUUUGCUUGUAUGAAUCCUGCCACUGAUGUUGGAAAGAAAGAUCUACCUGCUGGUCUGAGAAACAGGUUCACUGAAUUUUUUGUUGAUGAAUUGACUGAAAUUCCUGACCUCUCUCUCCUGGUUGGAACGUACCUAAAUCAGCUUUCUGUUCCACAAGAUACAAUAGAAAAAAUUGUGAAGUUUUAUUUGAAUGUUCGUGAAGAGGCUUCGAAAAAUCUCAAUGAUGGUACUGGAGGCAAACCACAUUAUAGCUUGAGAACUUUGUGUCGUGCUUUGCGAGUAGCAGCAACUAAUCCUUGUGGUACUGUCUUACGUUCGUUGUAUGAGGGGUUGUGUCUGAGUUUUUUGACUCAGUUGGAUCAUGCAUCACAUCUGAAAGUAACAGACAUGAUAUCCAAGACUGUUCUCAGUAAAGGGAAGACUAGCAUUUUGAAACAACCAUUGGUUAAGCCUGUUCAUGAUGAUAAUGAACAAUAUGUCAAUUUUGAAGGUUACUGGGUGUUGCAGGGAAGUUUGGAACCAAAAGUGCCUGAGAAGUACAUUCUCACGCCAUCAGUACGCCGCAAUUUACACGAUUUGGUGAGAGUGGUUGCAAUUGGUCAUCACCCAGUCCUUUUGCAAGGAGAAACCUCUGUUGGGAAAACAAGUCUUAUUACAUACUUGGCUAAAGCAUCAGGUAAUCAUUGUGUCAGAAUUAACAAUCAUGAACAUACCGACAUUCAAGAAUAUGUUGGUUCUUAUUCUGCUGAUGAAAAUGGUUGUCUUGUAUUCCGUGAAGGUAUAUUAGUUGAAGCCAUGAGAAAUGGUCAUUGGAUAAUUUUGGAUGAACUAAAUCUUGCUCCAACUGAUGUUUUGGAAGCUCUUAACAGGGUUCUUGAUGAUAAUAGAGAACUGUAUAUCCCAGAGACACAGGAGACUGUGAAAGCUGAUCCUCGAUUUAUGUUAUUUGCUACACAAAAUCCAUCAGGAUUAUAUGGAGGCAGGAAAACUUUGUCUAGAGCAUUCAGAAAUAGAUUUGUGGAAUUACAUUUUGCUGAAAUCCCCCCUAAGGAACUUGAAACUAUAUUAGAGAAAAGAUGCCAGAUGCCUGCUUCUUAUUGCAAGAAAUUAGUGGCUGUGAUGACAGAAUUGCAGCUGCAUCGCAAAGGUAGUGCUGCUUUUGCUGGAAAGCAAGGUUUUAUGACUUUGCGAGACCUUUUUCGAUGGGGUGAACGAUACACAUUGGCUAAGUAUCAACCUCCAACAAAAUAUUACGAUUGGGAUCAACAUCUUGCUGAUGAAGGCUAUUUGGUUCUUGCUGGUCGGGUACGCAAAUCUGAAGAAGCUGAAGUGAUUUCCAAAGUUUUGGAGAAGCACAUUAAGAGAAAAGUAGACCCUUGCUCCCUGUUCACCUUGAAUGAUAACACCUCACCUGUAACAAGAGAGAUUCUAGAAAAAGUAGUAUCAUCGAGUGUUCCGGGCUUCGACCAUAUUGUAUGGACAUACAACAUGAGACGAUUGGCAGUUCUAGUUGGCAAGUCAUGUCAGUUCCGAGAGCCAGUUCUUUUAGUUGGAGAAACAGGAUGUGGGAAAACCACAGUUUGUCAGUUAUUGUCGUCCCUAAACAAACAAAAGUUAUUUAGUGUCAACUGUCACAUGCACACAGAAUGCGCUGAUUUUCUUGGUGGGCUUCGACCUGUUAGAGAUCAUAAUGAAGAAAAACAGAAAUUGUUUGAGUGGGUUGAUGGACCGUUAAUUAAGGCUAUGCAGGAAGGUGGUUUGUUCCUUGCUGAUGAAAUAUCUCUGGCUGAUGACAGUGUCUUGGAGAGAAUGAAUUCUCUGCUUGAACCUGAACGUACGUUAUUGUUGGCUGAAAAGGGAACAGAUGGAUCACAAGACACUUCUCUAAUAGUAGUUGCGAAAGAAAAUUUCCUCUUCAUUGGCACCAUGAAUCCUGGAGGUGAUUAUGGUAAAAAGGAACUGUCUCCAGCUUUGCGCAAUAGAUUCACAGAAAUAUGGUGUCAGAGUUGUAAUGAUCGUGAUGACUUGUUGGCCAUUAUUGAGCAUAACUUGCGGCCUGGUUUAACCCUGGGUAAUGCAGAACCAGACAACUCAGGAGUGGGAUCAUGCAUGAUGGACUUCAUUCAGUGGUUUACCGCAGCUGAGAUAGGCAAAAGGUUUGCUGUGAGUGUAAGAGAUAUUCUGGCAUGGGUGAAUUUUAUUAACGUGGUGACAGAGAACAAAACAUCUGCUUUGAAUAUUCAAAACGCAUAUGUUCAUGGUGCGUGUUUGACAUUCUUGGACAGUUUUGGAUCUGGAGUGACGAGUGCAGAAAGCUUGUCAAAUCUGAGAGUCUAUCAAGAGUCAUGCUUAAAGUUUUUGUGCCAGCAAGUAAACUUAUCUAAGAAUGAAUUGAUUAGUGGUGAGCCAAAGACUACAGAAAAACAUUUUGGAAUUUCUCCAUUUUUCAUUGACAUUGGAAAAAAUAAACCAUCUGUUAAUGACUUCACUUUCUAUGCUCCCACAACUGGAUUUAAUGCUCUACAUGUCUUGAGAGCUAUGCAAUUGUCAAAACCCAUUUUGUUAGAGGGUAGUCCAGGGGUUGGUAAAACAACUCUCAUUACAGCUUUGGCGAAGGCAUCUGGCAAUAAUGUCAUUCGUAUCAAUUUGUCCGAACAAACUGAUAUAUCAGAUUUAUUUGGAGCUGAUCUGCCAGUGGAAGGAGGCCAGGGAGGGCAGUUUGCCUGGAGGGAUGGGCCUUUACUUAGAGCGCUGAAAGCUGGGGACUGGAUUCUCCUGGAUGAGCUGAAUCUGGCAUCACAGUCUGUACUGGAAGGUCUUAAUGCAUGUCUGGAUCAUCGUGGAGAGGUGUUCAUUCCAGAACUUGAUCGUUCAUUUCAAGUGAAACCAGGGCGAACUCACUUAUUUGGAGCCCAGAAUCCUCUCCGACAGGGUGGAGCUCGCAGAGGUCUUCCACAGUCCUUUCUCAAUCGUUUUACUCAGGUGUACAUUGAUGCACUGUCUGAUCAAGAUUUAGAGUUUAUUAUUUGCUCUUUAUAUCCAAUGGUGCCUUCACUAUUGGUUAAAAAAAUGGUUCAGUUUAAUGGAAGACUACAUCGUGAAACUACUGAACUUCACUUAUGGGGAUUACGAGGUGGUCCUUGGGAACUGAAUUUACGUGAUCUGACUCGAUGGUGCCAGGCCAUGACUCGGCAUUGUACUCCUAAAGAAUCAGAUAUGGACAUUGAUUUUGAUGAUACUUCUGAAACAAACUGUAACCUGAAUCCAGGCCAAUUUGUAGAUCUUAUCUAUGUUGACCGAAUGAGAACUUUCGAGGACAAGGAAAAGGUGAAAGAAAUAUAUCGUGAAGAAUUUGGUUCAGAGUAUCCUUUGAGUUGUGACGUUCCUAAUGUACACGUUACUCAAGAGGCAGUGUAUCUGGGAGAUGAGAUUCUCCCACGUAUAUACCCUGAUGUGUUAUCUGCCCCUUGCCCUGUAUCUCCUGAAAAAAGCCUCCUGUUAUUGCGCCAACAAUAUCCAGCCCUUAGAUCACUGGCACGCUGUGUUAAUAUGAAUUGGAUGUCUAUUAUUGUGGGCCCCUCUGGCAGUGGAAAGACAUGCCUUGUUCAUUUGCUGUCUCAGCUGGCUGGACGUGAAUUGCGAGUGAUGGCUGUUAAUUCUGCAAUGGAUACUACCGAGAUCCUGGGUGGUUUUGAACAGGAAGACGUCUUUUUCUGCGGAAAGUGGCGCACGCUGGCGGAGGAGACGCAGCGGCUGCGCGAGCGCGCCGCCGAGCUGCGCGAGAUGCUGGAGGAGGUGGCGGCGAGCGACGAGGAGCUGCGCGCGGACGCCGACGCGGCGCUCGCCGACGUGCGCCUGGUGGAGGCGCGCGUGGCGGACGACGCCGGCCCCGCCGCCGGCGGCCCCACGGCCGGCGGCACCUUCGAGUGGGUGGACAGCCUGCUCGUCAAGUGCCUGCGCGACGGCAGCUGGCUGCUGCUGGACGGCGCCAACCUGUGCUCGCCCGCUGUGCUGGACCGGCUGAACGCGCUGCUGGAGCCCGGCGGCGUGCUGACGGUGGGCGAGCGGGGCGUGGGCGCCGACGGGGAGCUCGUCACCGUCAGCCCGCACCCGGCCUUCCGCCUCUUCCUGGCGCUCGACCCGCGCCACGGGGACAUAUCCAGGGCGAUGCGCAACCGCGGCGUGGAGCUGUACCUGCCCGAGCAGCCGCUGGGGGCGCUGGACAUGGCGGCGCUGCUGGCGGCGCGGGGCCUGCGCCGCCACCGCGAGCGGCGCGCGUUGCUCGCCGCGCACCAGGCCGCUGCCGACGCCUGGCCCGAAGGGGGGGACUGCUCGCCUCUCGGCUGCACCCCUCUUCGGCACUAA